GCUAGAAAUUAUCAAGGACUUCCUUUCAACAAGUCAACACUAGCAGUCCAACAAGUGAUCAAGUACACCUAAUUUUUACAUUAAAACACUCUGAGCCUUGUGUUUUGUUAAGUAACUAGCUAUGUCCAAAGUUCACAUUCUGGUAUUCCCAUACCCAGCACAGGGCCACAUUCUAGCACUUCUGGACUUAACUCACCACUUAGCCCUUGGAGGCCUAACCAUUACCAUCAUCAUCACCCCAAAAAACCUCCCAAUCCUCAACCCUCUAUUAUCAACCCACCCAAACACCAUUCAAACCCUCAUCCUCCCUUUCCCUUCACACCCAAACAUUCCUGCAGGUGCAGAGAAUCUUCGUGAGGUCGGCAACACUGGAAACUACCCCUUCAUCAAUGCACUCUCUAAACUCCAACAACCCAUUAUCCAGUGGUUCACCACCCACCCUAACCCCCCUGUGGCCCUCAUCUCCGAUUUCUUCCUCGGAUGGACUCACCAACUCGCUACCCAACUCAGCAUCCCCAGAAUCGCAUUUCACGGCGUCGGCGCGCUCCUCACCGCCGUGCUCAACCGCUGUUUUCGAAACCCAACCACAUUCCAGUCCAAGGAGGUGGCUGAUUUCCCCGGAAUCCCUGGAACGCCGUCGUUCCGGCGGGAUCACCUUCCCACGGUGUUCCUCCGGUACAGGGAGUCGGAGCCGGAAUCGGAGCUCGUGAGAGAGAGCUUGGUUGCCAACGCUGCAAGCUGGGGCUCCAUCUUCAACACGUUCCGCGCGUUGGAGGGUCCAGUUUUGGAUCACGUGAGAGCCGAAUCGGGUUGCCAGAGGGUUUUCGCGGUUGGCCCGUUGGGUUCUGAUCGGGUCGACGCGAACCCGGAUGGAGGAUCCGGCGUGUUACGGUGGCUGGAUCAGUGGGUGGAGGAUGAGGGGUCGGUGCUGUAUGUCUGCUUUGGGAGUCAGAAGCUGAUGAGGAAGGAGCAGAUGGAGGCGUUGGCGUUCGGGUUGGAGAGAUCCGGGUGUCGUUUCAUUUGGGUGGUGAAGGAGGCGUUCACGGCGGAGGAAGGGUAUGGAAAAGUUCCGGAGGGGUUUGAAAAUCGGGUUGCGGGUCGGGGAAUUGUGGUUAAAGGUUGGGUUCCACAAGUGGCGAUAUUGGGUCACCGGGUCGUGGGCGGGUUUUUGAGCCAUUGCGGGUGGAACUCGGUGAUGGAGGCAAUGGUGGCCGGGACGGUGAUCGUGGGGUGGCCUAUGGAGGCUGAUCAGUUCGUGAACGCGAGGUUGUUGGUGGAGGAGUUGGGAGUGGCGGUGAGGGCGUGUGAGGGAGCGGAUUCGGUGCCUGACCCUGAUGAGUUGGGUCGGGUGAUAUCGCGUGUUAUGGGUGUGGAUAGCCCUCAAAAGGAAAGGGCAGAGUUGAUGAGAGGGGAAGCAGUUAAGGCUAUGAGUGAGGGUGGAAGCUCCUCCAAGGAGUUGGAUCAGCUUGUGGAAGCAUUGCUGCAGCUUGGUGUUAAAGAAGAAUGACAAUGAUGAUGAUGAUUUGAAUAAUGUUAUGAAUCCAUUACAAAAGAAACUUGAAUGAAAAUAGUUCAUGUGUUUGUUGUGGUUCUAUCUUAAGAAGAUUAAUAACAUGUAUGGAAUAAAUUGCAGAAGAAAAUGGCUAAUUUUGAUGCA